CGAGAUCGCUUUUUUGAAAUCAAAUACACGGGCAUAUACUUCGUUUUGAAAUCUACCUUCGUUCACCGAAUAGCAUCUGCUCUUUGUCGAGUGACUGUUCUUGCCCGUCUGCCAUGGCAUAUCUGAACGAACUCUCUAGCUUGGGCAGCCUCUUGGCAAUCUCCUAUGUUUUGACAAUUCUAGCUGUCUCCUAUGUUUUAGGUCUCGCCAUCUAUAAUCUUUACUUCCAUCCAUUGGCAUCAUACCCUGGUCCAAAGCUUAAUGCUAUCUCUCGAAUUCCAUAUCUCUGGGCACUCGUGAAUGGUAACCAAGUGCGCCAAGUACAUGAUCUCCACCAGCAAUAUGGCAUUGUCGUUCGUGUCUGUCCAGAUGAGCUCUCUUAUAUCAGUGCCGAAGCGUUCAAGGACAUUUACGCCCAUCGUCAAGGCAAGCUCGAAAUGCAGAAGAACAAAAUCUUUUAUACUCAGCAACCUGGAGGCACAACUCUUCUUACGACCAACCGGGAAGACCAUGCUCUCCAGCGCAGGAGCCUCUCCCACGCCUUUUCCGACUCAUAUUUGCGGCAACAAGAGGUUUUGAUCCAGAAAUAUAUCGACCUUCUCAUCCAGCGUCUUGAGCAGCAUGCAGACGAUGGCAGCAAGCCCUUAAAUCUAGUCUCCUGGUACAACUUCACGACGUUUGAUAUCAUUGGCGACCUUACUUUCGGAGAAUCAUUCGAUUGCCUCGAAAAGAGUGACUAUCAUCCUUGGGUCAGCAUGAUAUUCAGUAAUAUGAAGGCUUCGAGUUACCUCAAGGCCCUUAAGUACGUGCCUGGCGGAACAGGGAUAUCGUCGCUCAUUGUCCCGAAGCGCCUCCUGGAGACACUGAAGUCCCACGCCAAUAUAAUCACCGAGAAACUCAACCAAAGGCUUGCCCUAAAGACUGAGCGACCUGACUUUGUUGGAAAUAUGCAACGGAACGAGAAGACGUUCAGUUUCGACAACAUGAAAGCCAACUCCUCGCUCUUAAUCAUAGCUGGCAGUGAAACGACGGCGACGCUUCUAUCAGGCGUGACUUAUCAUCUGCUAAGAAACCCCAACAAGCUCAACAAGGUCAUCGAUGAAGUUCGCACAACCUUUGCAAAACCAGAGGAUAUAACUAUGGCAAGUGCGGGAACCCUUGAUUAUAUGCUAGCCUGUCUGAAUGAAGCACUACGUAUGUAUCCACCAGCGCCCGUCGGACUGCCACGCAUUGUGCCGGAAGGGGGCGAUAUGAUUGCGGGUAAAUGGGUAUCUGGUGGAACUAUCGUAUCAGUUUGUCACUAUGCUUCGUACCAUUCAGCAACCAACUUUCGCAACCCAGAAUGCUUUGUUCCUGAACGCUUCUGUGGGGAUGAAAUGUAUGCGGAUGACAAUCGCUCUGUGUUCAAUCCAUUUAGCACGGGGCCGCGAAACUGUAUCGGCAAGAACCUGGCGUACGCAGAGAUGCGCCUGAUUCUCUCCAAGCUGCUGUUCAAUUUUGAUUUGGAGCUCGCAGAUAAGGAAAGGGAUUGGCUUGACCAAAAGACGUAUAGUCUGUGGGAAAAGCAGGAACUUAAUGUAAAACUCAAGAAAGUGGUCAGAUGAUUCGUUGAGGGAAGAACUGGACAAGAGCUUUGUGAUAUUCGUUUCCAGUACCGGCACAGCAACGAAGAGAUUGAAGUGAAGGGAGCGAUUGUUUAUUCAAAUUUGCCUGUCGUACUUCGGGGGAUCCUAGCA